AUGCGAUCCGAGUCUCAGGAGGAUGAAGGAGAUCUUCAGCGGGACCUGCUCGCGACUCUUCAGAGCCUGGGAGAGAUUUAUCUGCGGCUGCAGAACUUCCAAGAAGCCACUUCCUACAUGGAGCGGCACUACGAGCUGGCGGUGCAGAUGCAGGACGAGGUGGAACAGCAGCGCUCCUCCACGCAGCUCGGGCGGGCCUACUUCGAAUCCUUCACCUCGCGCGGGGACGCCGCCGCCGCCGCCGCCGGCGCCGACAUCGAAGCCUCGCUGGAGCAGCAAGCCGCGUCGAUGGAAACACUGAAAUCCGCGCGCAAGUAUUUCCAGCUCUCGCUGCGGCUGGCGAAGGGUCUACACGAGGGGGGGGAUGGGAUGGGCGGAGCAGGCGCGCGCGCGGGCGGGAAUGGGAGGGCGAGAGGGGCCCGCGCGGGCAGGAGCGGCGGCGGAAGCGGGUGGAGGUCGUCGGGGGGAAAUCGGCGGUUUGCGCAAGAGCUGGCGGAUGCUUAUAACAACGUGGGACUGCUCUUUGAGGAGGUGGAAAGCUACAAAGAGGCGGUUAACUGCUUCGAUCGCGGGCUGGAGGUGUGCGACGAUGAGGAGAUAGGUUCAAUCGAUGAGACCCGCACGCGGCUGCACAACUCGCUGGGGCGGGUGUUCACCAAGUCGUGCCAGUGGGAGCAGGCGCGCAAGCACAUCGACAUGGACGUGAAGAUUUGUGAGCGCCUGAACAACGCCGUGGGUUGCGCCAAGGCGUGGGUCAACAAGGGCGACUUUUGCUUCAAGAAGGAGGAAUACGACGAGGCGGAGAGGGCAUUCAAGCGGGCGAGGGACAUACUGCAGCAGGUGGAGGACGAGGCGGCGCUAUUGGCGACGUGUGAGAGCAAUCUGGAGACCGUGGCAGAGGCCAAGAGGCAGAAGGAGCGGUGCGAGCAUCUGUGGGCGCAGCACCGCAAGACACAGCGGCUGCUGGAGCGCGCGGGGUCAAGUGAGGAGAAGCAGAAGCAAAUCGCGGAGGACAGGCGAAUUCUGAAGGAGCUGGUGGAGACAGCAGAUGGCGCCCAGGCUCGGCUCACUACUUGGGACGUCUCAGAACUCGUAGCGUCCGUAGCCGCCUCUUCCUGUCUGUUUUAUCUCAUUCUCCAUCUGCAUCUGCGUCCGCAUGUCCAUCUGCAUGUGCAUGUGCAUCUGCAUCUGCAUCUGCAUCUGCAUCUGCAUGUCCAUCUGCAUGUGCAUCUGCGUCUGCAUCCGCAUCUGCAUGUGCAUCUGCGUCUGCAUCCGCAUCUGCAUGUGCAUCUGCGUCUGCAUCCGCAUCUGCAUGUGCAUCUGCGUCUGCAUCCGCAUCUGCAUGUGCAUCUGCGUCUGCACCUGCAGCGGCUGAAGGCAGCAGAGGAGUAUGUGCGGCUGGGAGACCGGGCAGCAGACACACUGCUGCAGGGAUUGCUACCUUCCCCUCUGUCCGCCCCACCCCCACAUGCCGCCUCCCCCUUACUGCAGCGGCUGAAGGCAGCAGAGGAGUAUGUGCGGCUGGGGGACCGGGCAGCAGACACACUGCUGCAGUGCGAGGCAGCAGAAGCCAUGGCAGAGGCCUGCUACAACCUGAACGACCAGGGCAAGGCGUGGCGCUGGUACCAUGACUCGCUGGGGCUGAACCGACGGCUCAAGAUCAAAGAGGUGUGUCCGUAUGGAUGGAAGGGGCGAGGUAGGUGUAAAGGGGGGGUGUCACUAGUACUGUGA